ACACUGACGUCAGCCAGGAAGUGUUUCACCCUGAGCGUGGGUACUUGUUUACAGUUGUCUGUCGGCACCGCGUAAGGAUUGUUUUGCAUGAAUAAAAAAUAUUGACAUUUUUGAGAAAACUAGUUAAACGGAGAGCGCGUGAUAUCUGCGUAGCUACUACUGUGUGCCGGGCAUGUUUAUGCCGCAUAAUAACGACAGUAGCACGGCAUGCUAAAGUUAACGUUGUGCUUUCCUAGCUUGCUGAAGUUCGUCGCGUUACAUCGCCUCAUCUAAUCGUAUCUGACAGUGAAAUUAUUUGACCUCUCCGUAUAUAAGUGUAACGUGAAUUGCAACCAUGGUUUGUGCAUAAGUCCGCUGGCUUUUCCUAAAUGAACAUUUACUUAUGUUUGCCAACCUUAGUUAGCUAACUAGCAAAGACGCUAACAUGGGGCUUAGUGAAGACAGGUGACUUCUCGUAACGCGUCUCUAAAAAGAUAAGGGACCAGAUAUUUUUGCAGAAUGACCAAAGACCCACUGCAUCAUGGCAUUACCAGAUGUUUACUGGGAUCACCAGAUACCCCUGCCAAAGCUCACCCCGGUCCAGGCCAAGGUCACUGUUGCCCUGGUGGCACUCCUGUGCUUCAUUAACAGCUACGAUGGGGAGUUUGUGUUUGAUGAUUCAGAAGCGAUUGUCAACAAUAAGGACUUGAAACCGACAACUCCUUUGAACAACAUCUGGAGCAAUGACUUCUGGGGAAGCAAUCUGAGUAGCAACUCUAGUCACAAAUCCUACCGACCUCUCACUGUCCUUACUUUUAGGCUCAACUACCUCGUGGCAGGAGGCCUGCACCCUGUUGGCUUCCAUGUGCUGAACAUUGUCCUCCAUGCUGUCAUAUCUGCCCUUAUGAUUGAUGUGUUUGCCAUUCUGAUUGGUGGGUUGGCCUAUGAUGAGAAGGGUGUGAUAUUUAACCACGCUCCCAAGACCUCUCUUCUUGCUGCCCUGUUCUUUGCUGCACAUCCAGUUCACACAGAAAGUGUGGCUGGGAUAGUGGGCCGUGCAGACCUGUUAUGUGCGCUGUUUUUCCAGCUGUCUUUCCUCACCUAUUGCAAAGCUUUCAGAGGGAGCGCCAGAAAUGACAGGUUUUCUGUCCAGUGGGUUGUGGUUAGCCUCACGCUGUGUGCUGCAGCGAUGCUCUGUAAAGAACAAGGCAUCACGGUCCUGGGUGUGAACGCAGCCUUUGAUGUCCUUGUGAUCUGUAAUGUAAAUGUGUAUGAACUCAGCCAGAGGCUGCUCCUUAGGAAGAAUCCACUUGAUGUAUGUGAAAUGUUGCGAACCGGAUUACUUACACGUCUGACCCUCAUGGGUCUCGGAGGACUCUUAAUGCUCUAUGCACGCUGGAGGAUCAUGGGAACAGGACCCCCGGCAUUCACUGAAGUAGACAACCCGGCCUCUUUUGCAGAUAAUUUGUUCCUUAGAAUAGUGAACUAUAAUUACUACUACUCUCUGAAUGCGUGGUUGCUGCUGUGUCCCUGGUGGCUGUGUUUCGAUUGGUCCAUGGGCUGCGUGCCACUCAUUAGGUCGCCGGCGGAUUGGCGGAUGGUGUGGCUGCUGCUGAUGUGGUGCAUCCUGAUAGGCUUGGUAGGCCAAGCCUUAUGCUCACAGGACAGCCAGAGAAGGAGGACACUGACCUUGGGUCUGGUGCUGCUGUUGGUCCCCUUCCUGCCAGCUUCUAACAUGUUUUUCCGAGUGGGCUUUGUCAUUGCUGAAAGAGUGCUCUAUCUGUCUUCAGCUGGCUACUGUCUACUGCUGGCCUACUCUCUGGGGCACUGCUGCUACUGCUGGACCAGAUACAGGAAGCUGCUGUGUGCGUCGGUGUUUGCACUGCUGUGUGUGUAUGUAGCUCGCUGCGCUCUCCGCAGUCACCAGUGGCGGACAGAGCAAAGCCUCUUCUCCAGUGCCCUGUCUGUCUGUCCUCUCAAUGCCAAGGUGCAUUAUAAUGUUGGAAAAAACCUGGCUGACAAGGGAAACAGCACUGCUGCUAUUAGAUAUUACAGAGAGGCAGUCAGGCUUCAUCCCACCUACGUCCAUGCCAUGAAUAACCUGGGGAACAUCCUGAAGGAGCGGAAUGAGCUGAUUGAGGCAGAGCAGCUUUUGUCUAAAGCCGUGUCUAUUCAGCCAGACUUUGCUGCAGCUUGGAUGAACCUGGGGAUUGUUCAGAACAGCCUCCAGAAGUUUGAUGAAGCAGAGCAGAGCUAUUGGAGCGCUAUACGCUUCCGAAAGAAAUAUCCGGACUGCUACUAUAACCUGGGACGCUUGUAUGCUGACCAGAACAGACACGUGGACGCCCUGAACGCAUGGAGGAAUGCAACCGUGCUAAAACCCGACCACAGCCUGGCCUGGAACAACAUGGUCAUUUUGCUAGACAACACUGGUAACUUGGGUCAAGCGGAGCUGAUUGGUCGGGAGGCUCUGAAGCUCCUCCCUAAUGACCACACGAUCAUGUUUUCAUUGGCUAACGUCCUGGGGAAAUUACAGAAAUACAAAGAGUCAGAGGGCUUUUUCCUUCAUGCUCUUCGCAUCAACCCAAAUGCUGCUAGUUGCCAUGGCAAUUUAGCUGUUCUGUAUCAUCGCUGGGGGAAGCUGGAGCUGGCAAAGAAACACUAUGAGCUGUCUCUAACGUUGGACCCCGAAGCUCCCGGGACCAGGGACAACUACAACAUGCUGCGACGCAAACUGGACCAGCUUAAACGCAGCACACCCUGAGGGAGCCCGCCGGGACCCCCGCCUGUCGCAAGGCAAAUUGUCCCAUUGUUUCCAUUUGGUAUGAUUUUAUCUCACUGGUUCUGGCUUUGUACCAUUUGCAAAUAAAGACCAUGAUCUGUG